AGCUUGGAAGGCAACAGACAACAGCUUUUAUUGCAAGACUUUGUGUUCUCAGAGAUGAGAAAAAAGGUUUCAGAACUAUAACUACUUAAAGUGACUUAUGUCAGAGUAUAAUAAGAAGCUAUAAGAAAAGAUAGAAGUUAAAUGUAAGCGAAGUAUAGAGUAAAGAGUUAAUGGUUUAAAGAUCCGUGUGAAGGUAUGGAUAGCAAGGAAGCGCUUAAACCAGCCGUUGAGAAAGCAGAGAAGCUUCAUGGGUCGAUCAAGCAGGAGGGGGACGAAGAAACAAUUAAGAACUAUGCUGAACAUACAAUGAACGAACUCCUUGGUCUCUUUGGCUAUGACGACAAAGUGAACAGCACUGACACCGAGAAUCUACACCUUGAAAACUACGCCGACAACAAAGAAGACGCAAGUGACGUCAUUAAAAACGUCAUAUCCGACAAGCGAAAGUCAUCGGCUAGGUUGAGAUCCCGGUUAAGGCAUCGUUUGUACCCGGCCGUUGACCAUCAACCGACUGAGCCCCGUAUGAGCCUCCCUUCGCCGCUGAAACAUCGGGAACCAGAAGCUGAAGACACAGAGAGCGAACCGCCAAGAGAAGAGGAGGGUGUGACGGGACCGCAGUGCGCGUGGUGUCGGAAAUUGGGGGCCAAGCAGGUGACGCUGGACACGCCCACCGGGGUCAAAGAAUUCUGCAGCGAGGUCUGCUUCAAUCAAUGCCGACGGGCCUCGUUUAAAAAGUCUAAAAUAUGUGACUGGUGUAAGCAUGUUCGGCAUACUGUGAAUUACGUUGAAUUCAAAGACGGUGAAACACAGUUGCAGUUUUGUAGUGAAAAAUGUCUGAAUCAGUACAAGAUGAGCCUUUUUUGUAAAGAGACUCAAGAGCUAUCUGGGACUAUGGAUAAGAGUGACUCAACUGGAGAAGGCGGUGAGGGUAACUCUCACAGGGAGAAAAUAUUAAUAACACCGGAGUUGUGGUCAGAGGGGGAUAACGCGAGUCGUGCGGCGGAGGCGCGACAAAGAGCGCGUGCAAGGGAAAGAGCCGAACGGGAUGCGAACAUGGUAGAGCGUAUACGUAUUGCCGAUGAUCAAUCUUUGGAUUUGUCGACAAAAUCCAGGAGCUCCCGUACAGAUAGCAGCACUGAGCGUGUCAAAAUGUACCCUAUAGAACGAGUUAAGCAAGAACCUGUGCAACGAAACAAACGUAUUCAUGUACCCAAAGAAUCUGAGCGGCGCAGUCCCAAUAGACAGGAAACUAAGUCAACGACGCCUGCAUCGCACGCUAGCAGUCUUCCACCACACAUGAUGCAUCCCAUGUUGGCCGGCCUGUCGCCCUGGCUGCACCAGGCACAUCUACUGGGUGCCCUGCCACCUGGUCUUGGUCCAUAUGGGCAACUACAUCCGAUGAUGUUAGGGGGUCUACUGCCUCCAUCGCAGUCAAGUAGCGGAACUCAAGAGUUACCCUCUCAUGAACUUGACGACCAUGGCCAAAAUAAAUAUGUUUUGAGAAAUGACACGACCGCAAACCACUCGAAGUUGAGUCCCAGAUCUGAGACGUCGAGCGUCCCUGUGAGUUUAUCACCAAGCAGGGACCAACGCCACUCACCAGCAGCCUCCGUAGACAGGCGUACAAGUAGUCUGUUUCCGGUAGACUUCCCGCAUUUAUUCGCUAGCGGUGCGUUACAACCGCCGCCCCAGUUUCAGGGCCCAAGUCCGGUUCCUCGUGUCCCUGCACCAAUUCCUGGAGUGCCGCCUGUGACCAUGAUGGUCCCAUUUCCUGUUAUUCUCCCAGUUCCGGUUCCUAUCCCCGUUCCCAUCCCUUUUACAGUUAAACAGUUGGCCACAAUGUUCGGGCACAAAAUAGACUCUGAUGAUAAACAAGAGCUAACUGUUAACACAAAUAAUAAUACGCCUGAUGAGAAAAGAUCACCUUUACCACCACUUGUUCACAGCCCGCAAUCCGUCAUCUCCACGUCGAGUGAUGCCAGCUAUGUCGAUAAAUACCAAGUACGAACCGGAAGUCGCAAUUCAUUACCGGAUAUGACGUAUGCCCAUCAUGCAACGCGCGCAACUCGAAGUGAAAGUCGUUUGCUAAAGCGUUCAUUAACCCCAGAGUCACUGGACCUUUCUCGCACGUCAAAAAUACCAAGAUAUGACUAUAGUUCGUUCACAUCUGACGAUGAUGGCGUGAUUGAUCUUUCUGCUUCCCGCGAGAAUGGCCAUAAAUCAGACGACACAUGUUCAGAAACUGGUGCAAUCAAUGGGCAUGCGCGGGACGAAAGUAGUUCCGUAGAUGACAAUAAGGACGAAAUAUUAGGUGAAGACGGUGUAGCUUUGCCAAAAAUUCACAUUAUUACUCACCGAGAUGAAACGCCACUUAAUGCACCCCUUCCACUGCCACCGACGGAGAAUCCGUACUCGUCAAGACGCGGACUAAUUCUUGACGCACCAGCAAUUCCGAAAAAGACAAGAAGUCCAUCGCCGGAAAGAAGAGUUUAUGUCAGAAAUGUUCCGCGUGAUAUCAUUGAAGCUGCAAGGCGAAGAUGCCAUAUAAGAACUAGGAUUCGAACCAAAUGAAUUUAACACAAAAAAAAACCAUGUGAAAAUAGCUAAUAGACAGAUUAAAAUAUGUAGUUCUUACAUUUAUUAAACAGUAUGUGUACAUAUGAUAUGUGUACAUUUGUAUAUAUCAUUCUCCGGUGUAUAUAUUACUUACAUGCAUGUAACUUAUCUGAUAUUUAUUACCAUUUGUUUUGUUCGUAAUAAAAUUACAGGUCACUAAACAUUUUUGGGCC